AUGAAGUACGAUUGUGUUGUGGUCGGCUCUGGCCAUGCUGGGAGUUGUGCUGCUUUAUCUGCGGUGGAAAAUGGUUGCAAGAAAGUCCUCCUGGUCGAUAGCUGCUCGCCUGAAUGGGUUGGUGGCAAUGGUUACUUCACAGCUGGUGCCCAUCGUAUUGUCCAUGGAGGCUUGCACGACCUUCUUCCACUAGUUCGUAACGUGAGUCCGGAGAUGGCUAGCAAGAUCGACAUGGAUCCCUAUACUGCCGAACAGUUCGAAGAAGACAUCAUGCGGCUCGGUGGUAGAAGGUCCAAUAAGGCUUUAGUGAACGCCGUUGUCCACAAUUCGAGAGACACAUUAGGCUGGCUCCACAAUCACGUCAAUGUGCCCUUCAUUUUCCCGUUCCAUCGACAGGCCUAUGAAGUUGACGGCAGACAAAAGUUCUGGGGUGGAUUGGUUAUUAGCGUUGAAGACGGAGGCAAGGGAUUGAUUACUGCUCACCAACGAGCUUUGGCCAAAGCUGGCGUUGAAGUCUGGUUCAAUUCCCCUAUCAUACGCUUGAUCGUGCAGGAUAACUCCACCAAGGGUAUUAUCGUACAAAGGGAUGGCUUAGAUAUCGAGUUUCAGACACCAGCUGUCGUACUUGCCGCUGGUGGGUUUGAGGCUAAUUCUGAGAUGCGAGAAAAGCACCUGGGACCGGGUUGGGAGAAGGCCAAGGUUCGUGGAACACCUUAUAAUACUGGUGAUUGUCUUCGUCUAGCUCGCGAAGUAGGGGCCAAGUUCUCUGGGGACUGGUCUGGAUGCCACAGCACUGCGUGGGACGCUAACGCUCCAGACUCAGCAGGAGCAAGAGAUGUCACCAAUCAGUUCACGAAAUCUGGGUACCCAUUGGGUGUUAUGGUCAACCUAAACGGGGAACGCUUCGUUGAUGAGGGCGAAGACUUCCGUAACUACACCUAUGCGAAGUUCGGAAGAGCUAUCCUUUCUCAGCCAGAAGGAAUUGCUUUCCAAAUCUGGGACUCCAAGGUUCUGGGCUCGUUACGAAAAGAAGAAUACGGGGACGGUGUAACCGAGAAGAUCUAUUCAGACACCUUAGAAGGCUUGGCUCAACGGUUGGGUGAGAAAGGAUUGCGAGACCAGAGUCGCUUCCUUUCCACUAUGCAAGAGUUCAACGACGCCGUGCGCUUGCACGAAGCGGAAUAUCCUGACCAAAAGGCAGACCUUUCUAUCAAGGACGGUUUCUCUACGCAGUCUUCUCAACGUUCUGUGACUCCGCCAAAGUCUAAUUGGGCUCUCGCUCUCGAUCGUGAUCCAUUCAUGGCAGUGAAAGUGACGUGCGGUAUCACCUUUACCUUUGGCGGUUUAGCGAUUGAUGCCGAGACGGCGGCCGUAGUCUCUGAAACUACUGGGGAAACCAUCGAUGGCCUUUUCUGUACAGGAGAGAUGGUGGGCGGACUAUUUUACACCAAUUAUCCUGGCGGAAGUGGCUUGACUGCUGGUGCCGUCUUUGGGAGAAAAGCAGGAUAUGGAGCCUCUUUGCGAAGUGGAAAAAUUAACUCAUAG